CAUCAAGGUAGCUUUUAGUUUAUAUACGAAAAUGCGAGGAUAUAAAGUGAAAUCAAGACGAUUUAAAGCGAAUGCUAGAGAACGAAAUCGAAUGCAUGGAUUAAAUGCAGCUUUGGAUCGAUUGCGAAGCUGUGUUCCAUUAUUUGUCUACAAUACCAUUCAUAUCCAACAAAAACCAAUACAAAAAUUAUCAAAAAUUGAAACUUUACGAUUAGCUCGAAAUUACAUUGCAACAUUAACAAUCGCUUUGAAUUCCGAUUAUCCAAUGGAUGUAUGCAAAUUAAUUCAAUGUUUGAGAAAAGGUUUAAGUCAAAAUACAACGAAUUUAUUAAUAAGUAGCAUAAAAAUGGGCGCAUUUAAAGAUUUAAUUGCAUGGCCUUCAUCACAACAAUCUGAAAUGCAUUUAAGUUCUCUUCUCUCUGAUGAGAAAAAACGAAAUGAUGAUACGAAAUUGAGACUAAACUAUCCACAUUUUUAUUACACAUGUGAUUAUAUUUCAAUUUCUAAAAGUAUACGACAUUAAUUUUCGAAGACAUUUGAAUGUCCCUCUUCUGGAAAAAUAUUACUUCGGUGGACAA